GUUCAUUAGCGCUUCACCGAUCUCUGCUCCUGUCUUGAUGCGUAUAUGGAAGCGUCUUCUGAGACAGACUAAAAUAAUCAGGAUCCUCUACAGCGGACUGUGAUGGUUGGGAGAUGGAGGGGCUGUUGACGCUCGGUUUAUUUGUGGCUCUGUUCAGCUGCACUUCUGCUUCUACGGAAAUCUGCACCAAUUCCCUCCUGCCUGGAGCUAAAGGAGACCAAGGUGAGGUCGGAGAGGAGGGAGAUGAAGGGAAACUGGGGAAAAAUGGACCGCCAGGAUUUCCAGGAGUCUCAGGAGAAGUGGGCCUUCCAGGAGAAGUGGGCCACACAGGGAAGAUGGGACCUGUCGGAGACAGAGGUGACAAGGGUGACACAGGUUUGGGGGGGGCUGCUGGCUUAAAAGGCAAACCAGGCACGACAUGUGACUGUGGCAGGUACAGGAAGGUGGUGGGACAGCUGGACGUCAACGUGGGCAAGCUUAGCAACGCUGUCAAGUUUGUGAAGAAUGUCGUCUUGGGCUUGAGGGAGACCGAGGAGAGGUACUACCUCCUGGUGAAGGAGCUGAAGAGGUUCAGAGAGGCUUCGAUGAACUGCAAGCUGAGAGGAGGCGGCCUGGCCAUGCCAAAAACCAGCAACACCAACCGUCUCAUGGCGGACUACGUCAGUCAGGCAGGGCUGACAAGCGUUUAUGUAGGAGUGCAGGCUCAAAGCAAGGACGCUGAUGGAAGCAGCGUUUAUGUGUAUGCAGACUCCAGCCCUCUGCAGGGUUUCACAGGUUGGAGCCAAGAGGAGGAUUUACGUUCCGGCACAAACUCCAGCUGCGUGGAGCUGCUCGGCAGUGGAACUUGGGGUCGUGUGGAGUGCGAGGCCACUAUGUUUUUCAUGUGUGAGUUCCAAAAGAGCAGGAGAAGAGGAGGAGGAGGAGGAGGAGGAGGAGGAGGAGGAAGAGCGACGCCAGCCUUGUCAUGAACAAGAGCUGAUGAUAAUCCUGUUUCAGUGAUUAGUAUGAGGUGAAGCCAAAAUAUAGAUAAUAAGAAAUUACUGAGUACUUACUGAGUACUAUUGUACUUUUUAUCAGUCACCUUGAAUGUAUUUCUACAGAUUUAUUCAUUGUGUACAACCUAUAUAGUAAAUAUUUAAGAUGUGGUCCAGAUGUUUAGGUUGAUCGGAUGAGACUGAAAAUACUGAAAAUGUCACUUUUGUCGGUGACUUAAGAUUUACAUCAUUGUGGCUGUUUCUCCGUUUUAUUCGUAGUUACCUUUUUAAUCAUAUGUUGCAUGUUAGUCAUCAGUUUCAGCUUUAGGAGGUUCGUUGUGAGGUUUCCUGUCUCAAUAAUAAAGUCUGACUGUGUCAUUUG